CGCGCGUGUGAACUGGUGGGAGAGGAGGAGAGGACCAGUGAGGCAGAGGAGGAGGAGGCAAGUGCAGGAGGCUCGGCACUGAACGGGACUCCGCGUAAAUAAACAGCACAGCAGCAAAGCGCUCCGUGGAGGGGGAGCUGAAGAUACAGAGCACACCGGGCUUCGCGUGUCGCAUCGAAGAGGAAUAGUCAGACUGAAGAAAAAUCCCCAUAGGAGGAAGAAGCAGACAUCUACCCAGAGAGGAAGCGGAGCGAGGGUGUUUGGGUUCCUCUGUUGUGGAAGUGUCCUCAGUCUGUGAUUGAACAGCGGAGUGGGAAGGGCAGACCACAGCGACCCAUGAUGAUGAUGGAGAUGAGGAGUUUGGAAGCAGUGCUGCUGGUGUUGAUCCUCGGACACCUCGCCUCUGCUCUGGAGGUCCCACUAGACCUUCUUCCAGGAUUGGCACAGCCUCCAACAAUAACUCACCAGUCCCCAAAGGACUACAUCGUGGAUCCUCGAGAGAAUAUUAUAAUUCACUGUGAGGCGAAGGGGAAGCCGCAUCCCAGCUUCUCCUGGACAAGAAAUGGGAGCCACUUUGACGUUGAUCAGGAUGAAAGCGUCACCAUGAGGCCUCACUCCGGUACUCUGGUGGUGGACAUCACCAGAGCAAGACCUGAACAUUACGAGGGCGUGUUUCAGUGCACGGCGAGGAACAAACACGGAUCUGCUGUGUCCAACAAUAUCGUCGUCAGACAGUCAAAGUCCCCCUUGUGGUCAAAGGAGAAAAAUAAACCAAUCGUGGUUCAGAAGGGAGUUUCCUUGGUGCUGCCAUGCCGACCUCCAGCAGGACUUCCACCUCCAAUCAUAUUCUGGAUGGACAAUAACUUCCAGAAGUUACCUCAGAGCAAGAGGGUGUCCCAGUCGUUGAAUGGCGACCUGUACUUCUCCAACGUUUGCCUAGAGGAUUCCAGGAACGACUACAUCUGUUACGCUCGUUUCACACACACGCAAACCAUCCAGCAGAAACAGCCCAUCACUGUCAAAGUGCUCAACCAGGCCCAAGUGGAUGAUAGGAAGCCAACCUUCCUCAUCCCAUCUGGCCACUCAAGCUACAAGAUGGUGCUGAGGGGACACGUACUGGAGAUGGAGUGCAUUGCCGAAGGACUGCCCACCCCUGAGGUAUCCUGGACCAAAGUGAGCGGAGACCUACCCAGCAGGCGCACGUCCUUCCUUCACUUCAACAAGACCCUGCGGAUUGUGAACGUGUCUGAGUCGGAUGAGGGAGAUUACAGCUGCACAGCCAAGAACCAGCUUGGCUCUGCGCACCACAUCAUCACCGUUGAGGUCAAAGCUGCGCCUUAUUGGAUCAGUGGACCUCCAAAGAAUCUUGUUCUGGCUCCAGGAGAGAAUGGAGCACUGACUUGCAGGGCCAGCGGCACACCCAAACCCUCCAUCAUAUGGUCAAUGAAUGGUGACCGCAUAGAGAAUUUACCUACAGAUAUCAGCAGAAAGGUGGAGGACGACACAAUCAUCUUCACCGACGUUCAGGUUGGAACCAGCGCUGUGUACCAGUGCAACAUCUCAAACCCGUACGGUUACCUCCUUUCCAACGCUUUCGUCAACGUCCUCCAUGAGUCACCCAGAGUGCUGACGCCAGCCAACAAGAUCUACCAGGUCAUCGAAAAUCGCCCGGCCCUCAUGGACUGCUCCUCUUUUGGGUCACCAAUUCCCAAAAUUGAGUGGUUUAAAGACAGCCGAGCCAGCACCCUGAAUGGGGAACCUUACAUCCUGCAUGACAAUGGUACUUUGGAGAUUCAAGUAGCUCAGCCGCAGCACAAAGGCAAAUACACCUGCAUUGCCAGGAACUCGCUUGGAUCCUCUGAGAAUCACGUUUACCUGCAUAUAAAAGAGCCUACCMGKAUCCUAAAGCAACCGGUUGACACGGUGGUCCAAAGGGGCCGAUCUGUGACGUUCGAGUGCACAAUAAAACACGACAAGGAUCUCUUACCCACUUUGAUUUGGCUUAAGGAUGAUGAGGAGCUUCCCGACGAUGAGCGAUUCCUCGUAGAGUCCAACAGUGCGUCUACCUCCGAUGUGUCAGAGAGAGAAUGGCACAGAGAUCAUGUGGAGCUGCCUAACGAUGAUCGAUUUGUCGUACAAUUCAACAGCCUGUCCAUCACUGACGUGUUGGAGAGAGAUGCAGGGGUGUACACGUGCUACGUAAACACAACUCUGGACCAAGACUCGGUCACCGCUGAGCUCACUGUUGUCGAGACCACACCAGCUCCAGCUGUCAUCCACGGGCGACCCGACGCCCCCACAGACCUGGAGUUGACAGAUGAGAAAGAGAGGAGCGUUCAGCUUACUUGGAUCCCUGGGGAGGAACAUAACAGCCCUAUUCAGGAAUUUGUAAUCCAGUAUGAAGACUCGCUGCACCACCAAGGACACUGGCAUGACAUUGCCCGGGUUCCCGGGACCAAGACAACUGCUCAUCUCAAGCUUUCUCCAUAUGUCCACUACACAUUCAGAGUGCUGGCCCGUAACGCCGUGGGUCUGAGCGAGCCGAGCAGCCCCUCUCGAAUGUAUAAAACUGAGCCUGCAGCUCCUGACCAGAACCCAAAAAAUGUACGUGGAUCUGGAAAUAAACAUAACAAUCUUGUUAUCACCUGGGAGCCUCUGUCAGGCCUUCAGUCCAAYGGUCCUGGGCUUUAUUAUAUAGUGAGUUGGAGGCAGAAGAGGCCAGGCAGCGACUGGAUAACAGCCACUACCAACAACUCCAUGUAUACUGUAUCUGAAAUACCCACAUAUAGUCCAUUUGAGAUAAAGGUUCAGGCUGUAAACAACCACGGAGAAGGACCAGAGCCCGCUGUUGCUAUCGGCUACUCAGGAGAAGAUUUGCCAGCAGCAGCUCCAGCAAAUGUUCAGGUUGUAGUGCUAAACAGCACCUUGGCUCGGGUACGAUGGGAUCCUGUGCCUCCUCAUUUAAUACGAGGGCAGAUCCAAGGAUACAAGGUUCAUUACUCGARGAUGCACAGCCUUCACAAACACAACCCCCAUCACACGGAGAAGCGCAUGCUCACUUUUAGUGGGAACCACAGCCAAGGCCUGCUGCCCGGGUUGCACCCAUUCAGCCACUAUUCUUUUUACGUAAGCGUCUUCAAUAAGAAAGGAGAGGGUCCCAAAAGUGAAAAGCAGGAGUUUAAGACACCUGAAGGAGAGCCUGGGCCACCCUCCUUGCUGUCUGUCACAAACCCAAGCCUAGAUUCACUGACCCUCGAAUGGAGUCCUCCUCAUGAGCAUAAUGGGCACAUCACUGGCUACAACCUGAGAUACCAGCCAGUCAAUAACUCCAAUGAACUUGGCCCAGAAGAGGAGCUGGCCCUGGCUGCCAAUGAGACCUCAGUCACUUUGCAAAACCUCAAGUACAGCCCACGCUACAAGUUUUAUUUGAAUGCGAGAACAAGCGUUGGAGCGGGCCCGGCCAUUUCUCAGGAAGCUGUCGUCAAGCAGGAUGAAGCUGUGACGAGCAGACAGGUAGACAUCGCCACUCAGGGAUGGUUCAUUGGCCUCAUGUGCGCCAUCGCCCUGCUCAUCCUGAUCCUCCUCAUUAUCUGCUUCAUUCAGAGGAAUAAAGGAGGAAAAUACCCCGUCAAAGAAAAGGAGGAUGCGCACACAGACCCGGAGUUCCAGCCAAUGAAAGAUGAUGACUGUACUUUUGUGGAAUACAGUGACAAUGAGGACCAUAAACUGGUAAAAGAGAGCCGCACGCCGUCUAACGGGACGGUUAAGAGAGACGACAGUGACGACAGCUUAGUUGACUACGGGGAAGGAGGAGACGGACAGUUCAACGAGGACGGCUCCUUUAUUGGCCAGUAUAGUGGGAAGAGUUCCAGCAGGGACAAUGCUGAGGGCCCUGAGAGCUCAGGGGCCCCGUCCCCGAUUAACGCCAUGAACUCCUUGAACUCUUUUGUGUAGCGGUGUGGUGUGCUCGCUGCAUCCCGACAAUGGCAGAAUCUCCAUUUAGCAUGGGGAUUUGGGUUUGGAGGUUUGAGGGGGGUCUCACGAUGCUGCAUGGCUUCAUAAGCACACACCUCACAGACAUCUGAGGCACAAGAAACAUAGAAAGACUUUUUUUUUUUUUCACUUGGAAAUCUUCCUGACAACGUUGGGCUUAGUAGCUGAAUUGUAUGAUACUGAUUUGACAAUACAUGCUUUUACUUUAAGACAUAUAUUAUUAAUACUUUGACAUUAACUCAUAUAGCAUCUUUCAAUAGGCCUCACAUGAGUGAUGCAGUGUUUUUYCACAAUACAUAUAUCAUGUUGGUUUUGACAUUGUUUUUCCACUGAAGCAGUGUUAAAUGUCAACAGUAAGCAGCUAACAUGCAUAUUUCCAACCGAGGACAGGAAGUUGCUGUGACUUAGUGCACUGAUAUAAUGCAUGUGCUGCAAUAAUUCAGUUUUCAAAUGCAUUUGCAAUCCCACUGGCAGGACAUGCACACCUGCUAGAACUAUACAGAGGGUGCAGUUCCUUGCAAAAGUAUUCAUAUCCCCCAGUUGUUUUUACAUUUUGUCACAUUACACUGUSAUACAUAUGUGUAUUUUAUUGGGAUUUUAUGUAACGCACAAACUGGUACGUGUGUGUGUAUAUAGUUAAUAGGGGCAUGUUCAUGAUUUUCUCACUUUUUUUUGCAAAGAAGAAUCUGAAAAUUGUGACUUGCAUUUUUGAGUCUGUGCUUUUUUUGGGUCAUCUUUGGAUCAUCCACAAGUAUUUUGGGGCAUGUCUGUAUUAGAGGAAACUCAGAUAAAAUUAAAUUGAGAGCAUUUGCAACUGGCUAUUCUUAAGGUCUGGAUAUAGUUCUUUAUUUGGAUCCGUCUCCCAUCAGCUUCACUGUUCCCACAGUAUGAUACUGCCAAUACCUUACCAGUACCAGAGCUACGGACCACUGGGACUCCUCAAAAGUUGCUAUGUUCCUCUUGGCUCAUUUUCUGAUCAGCAGCUGUCUUGCCUACACUGUAGGCAAUGAGAAGAUGGAAGUAUGAAGGUGUGCUGUAUUCUUUUUUUUUUUUUCGAAGUGAUGUAUUGAACAGUUCUCCAGGAAAUGUUCAAAGCUUUGGACUUUGUUUUCUGACCUAACCCUACUUCUCCAUGCCUUUAUCCCAGGCCUUUCUGCUCUGUUCCUUGUGUUUUAUGAUCCUGUUUGUUCAUUAAUGUUCUCUAGAAAACAUGCAAAUAGAUUUGUACAGAAAUUAAAUCUUACUGAGAUUCGGUGACGUGUGAAAGCUGCAGUGGUUUUUAAUUGAGAACAAAUUUYUGUCAGCUUCUCAAUUACGCACAGCUGUAUGUUGAUGUAUCACAUGAAAUCUCAACUAAAUACACUCAGGUCUGUGAUUGUAAGAUGAGAAAAUGUGAAGCAGCUCAAUGGGGKUGAAUACUUUUUCAAAGUUGCAUGCUGACAGGUCCUCCUUUGUCACCUCUUUAAUCUGCCCCUGCSAACGUAGAAAUUGAAAUGCAGCUUUGGAUGCGUCAUGCCAUUUUUAUAUUUUUUUCCCCCUGCAUGUGACCUCCUGUUUUUUUUUUAGCUCAAUCUGAAGAUCWGAAGUGAAUGCUGAAGGUCCAGCAGCAUUGGAGGGGUUCCGUCAGCAGGUAGUGCCUUUCUAAAGCAGUGACUCAGUUCUGAAGACUCUCGGAGUUUAAUUACCACACUGAAGACAAUAACGGGAUUUGUAAGAGUCACGUCCAAGGAAAAAAUACGACACGUCAUAAAUUCACUCCUAAUGACGCUUUGACAUGCAGGACCGGCUUUGUUUCUUUAUUUGGAUCGGAUCGAAACAUUGUUAAAGCUUCUUGUGGUGCAUCAGAGAUGCUAUUGAUUGUAUUUCUUCAAUGUUUAAAUGUAUAUGGAUCUGUGUGUGAAUGUGUGUGUGUGAGUGUUUGUGGAUGCMUGACAUUCAGUUUCGUUGAGGCAAGCGUUGUUCAAAUGUACUAACUCCACUUGAGGGCCUUUGGAUGGAAUCAAGAUUUUCUUUUUCUUAACUUGCAUCAAGUUUUAUUUUUAAAGCAUUUAGUUGAUGAGUAUUUGACGACUGUAAAUACAUAUGAAUUGAUUGUACAGGGACAAGCAGAAUAUGAGUGGCAAUAUUGUGCAUGACGUGGUUAAUUUGUUAAUUUGAUUAUAAUAAAUAUAGACAACUAUAGACUUGUAGAGAAUAUAUAUAUACAGCCUCAAAUGUUUCAUUUUUUUAUUAUUAUUAUUGUUUCUGUGCAACUUGUAAAUUGUAAUUAACUAACGGGACUGAAAUUUUCUUAUGAAUAAUGUGUGUGUUUUUUCUGAUACUCAUGGCAUCUUAAUGCACAGGCUGAUAUUCUGAUUUAAACUGGUUGUAAUGGUUUCUGUUGUACUCCUGUAGGAAUUGAUUCACUUUGUUUUYGAGUGUCUCAGAKGUUUUGUAUUUUAGAGCCAGAUUUGUACUAACAAAUGAUUUCAUUUCAGCUAUUUAAGUUUUUAUUCUCUUCAUUGCUGGUUUGAAUUUCAGUCUACGGKAAAUAUGAUGCAUAAAUAAAUCACCUGCUUUAAAUUUUC